AUGGGGACUUUCACUACCAAAGUUGGAUUAACUUCUGUUUUUAAUGGAGACAAUGUGACUCAGCAGUCCGGUCGUUUGUGGAGACCAUGGACUGGAACAGAGGACACAACUGGGACACACAAGGCUCACUCUAUUCACGGAGAACUUUCUGCUGCACAACUCCCCAAAGCUCCUCAGUUCAUUCACCCAGUGAAGUUGUACUGGCCGAAAUCGAAAUUGUUCGACUAUCUGUACCAGGAAGCAGAAAUGCUCCUGCGCAACUAUCCGGUCCAAGCGACCAUCUGCCCUUACGAAGACUCCAGCAGCGAUGAAGACAGCGAUGAUGAAGAGGAGGAGAUAGAAAAGGAGCUGAACUAA